ACCAUUUCACUAAGCUGCGUACAGCUUAGCUAUCUUGUUUCCUGAACGAUCUUUAUGCUGAAAUUAAUAAGUUUGCGUUAAUUAACCUAUUGAUUGUUAGUGUGAGUCUAAUAUUUACUUAAAAUCACUUACAAUAUACAUAAAUUUAAUAGUUAGGCUAUACAAAGUUUCUGGUGAGGAAAUAUCGUCAAUUAAAAUAGACUAGUCAGUAGACUUACAAAGGAAAACUAAUAAUUAGCUAUAAAAAUGAAUCACAAGACUAAUAAGAAGAGUAAAGAUAAGAAAAAUGGAUCCGGUACAACAUGUUACCCUGAUAAAUUAACACAAGAAUUAGCUGAAACAUUAGAAGAAAUCACAAGUUCUGGCAAAAACAUGUUGGAGGAAGCAGAUUUUUUGAGGAUAAAAAAUAUUUGCAGACGCUCAGAUAAAUAUGUGAAGGAAGCAUACGAUUUUCUUUUGCAACACCUCAAUAAGAACCAUGCUGAGGUUCGACGAAGUGCCUUUCAAGUUUGUAACCAAAUUUUCAGGAAAUCCCAUUGUUUCCGUGAACUUGUGAUAUCCAACUUAGAGGAGAUUGUGAAGUUAACCACCUCUCAAAAUCCCCCUCCACCCCUCAAAGUAGCCAAGGAACUUCGCCUAUUUGCCUUGUGUUGUAUUCAUGAAUGGAAUGAAGCUUUUGGAGAAGCUUAUAAGAAACUAAAAAUUGGGUACAGAUACUUACAUAAUGUGGAGAAGAUUGACUUCAAUACUCUGAUACAAGAAUCUACUGAAGCAAGGCAGCAACAUCAAGAAAACAACUUGUGUAUAAAUGCUGUUAAUGAUGUCAGAAAAAACAAAACUUUGUCGGAAAUUAAAGAGAGAAAGGCCGGAAUCAAGGAAACAGUGACUUCACUGUCAAAUUGUAUCAAUCUACUGUUGCCUCAUCCUGAGGAAUUUUUUAUAUCAAUGGAUGAGAAUGAAGUGGAACCUCUACGAGAUGUUGUCCAUCAUAAUGAUGAGGCUACCUCGGAGGAUGAAUCUGGAGAUCCUCAUCUCAGGGAAGUGGGGAUGGUGAAUGCUCAUCACUCCCUGCAACUGGACCUUGUUCCCAAUUGUGAAGCACGUAUUCAAGAAACUUCUGAAAACGCCGCCAUUAUUGAAAAUGUCAGAGAGUAUGCAAAAGUAAUCCAAAAUAAAUACCUCCCUUCUGUUAAAGCAUGGUUAGCUGUUCUCGCCAAAUAUCCUGGAACUAAAGAAGAACUAAAUGAUGUUAUUGAACUAAAAGGAGAAAUAGACGAUGCAUUGUUUAAGUAUGGUCGCAUGGCAUUCACCUCUGCUGAUGAUGUAUCUACUGACUCCGAACUUGAGGAAGUACCAGAUUUGUCUGAUCCCAAACCUAAAACCACAUCAUCCAACAGUUGUGGUUCUACGGAAUGGAGCAUUUUCUUUGAUAACCGACCAAUGAAUCCAGAAAAACAAGAUAUGGAAGAGGAUACAAGAGCUGAUCCUGAGCCGUCAACAUCAGGUGGUGAAACCAGUGACCGGAAGAAAAAACUGCUGGCUGUUGCUCCAAAGCUGCCAUACGAUGUUGAUCUCUACCACUGGGAGGAUGAAAAGUUGCCUGUGCCCACGCUUGUUCCAAGCAGCACAGAUGGUCAUAGGUUCUGGGUAGGCUCGGAGGGAACCAUUGAUGAGCUGCCAGUGCCAGAAGGCUCAGCAGCAUUGCGUACCCGUGUCAUCGAGUUUACUGGCAAGUUCAAGCCAGUAACUCACAGUUGUCGAGUACGUCUACCAAGUGGUAGACUGUGCCCUCGUCAGGACCGCUACAAGUGUCCAUUUCAUGGUGAAAUUGUGCCACGGGAUGAGAAAGGAAACUGCAUCAAUCCUAAAGAUGCUGUUAGAAUCCAGGAAUUGAGAGAGAAAAAACAACAGGAAAAGCCGGAUUGGCAAAAUCCUAAACUUUUAGCUGACAUUAAGAGAGCAACAGGAAUUGACUUGAAAAUGCCUGAAAAAGGAAAGAGAAAGAAGAAGAAACUAACGGGACUCACUGAUUUGAAGGAAACUGAAAAUUCAGCCAAAAAGCGUUUGGAAAAUAAAAUCUUCAAAAAGUCUGUUAUGAAGAAAGUAGCAGUGGCAAUGGAUAAAAUGGAUCGACGGAAGUUUAGAGAUAAAUUUGGUGAUCAGUUUCAUUACUUUUAUGACAAAUAGAGAAUUGUUUUAAACUUUCUACGGUUACACGAUCUUUAUUAUUUGUACUACGAGGGCCGUCCAGAAAGUAGCAGACGUUUUGCAGCGGUGCUAUCACCACCAUCUAAGUAUCAGUGUGUUUCUUGUGGUGUGUUGCCUUCGCUUAAUGAACAGGAAUAUAAUAAUAACUGCUCAAUUUAAUAAAACAAUAUUUCUUCAACUAAUUAUUUUGAUGUUAACAUAGGCCUCUUGAUUAUGAAGUAAUAACAGCCUACUUACAACUCGAACAUUUAAAAGUAUAGUACGAUAACUAAAUGUGAAUAGCUAAUUCUUAAAAUCCUAUUUAAUGGGCAAAGCACUGUUUAUCGAUUAAUUGAUUUAAAGUCUAACUUAUCCCAGAGUCGCAAUAAAGGGAACAUGGUUAAGCUUGAGUUGUGUAAAAAGGUUAGGUUAAUUUACUGUUCUUAAAACUUGAUGUUCACUUGACUCAGACUACUUGAGAAAAGUGUAUUUUAUUUUUAUCAUCACUCUUAUCACUUUAAUUUGCCCAAUUUAAUCAAAAUAAUAGUUUUAUUACUGGCAUUAGAAUGUUACAUUUGUUGUGUAUGCCUAAAGAAGGCUUUUUCAAUAAAGUGAACGUUAUAUGAUGGAUAAUGAAUUUAAUUUGGUUUACAAAAGAAUUAUGGACUUUUUUUUUGUUUUAAUUUAGACACGAUUAAGCUAAUAUUACUACACAUGAAGUUCUGAGUCGAAGGUCUGGUAGAGUAUGGCCAUACCAUUUGGUUUCAUUUGUAGUUCCGUUGAGGAGAUGUCCAAAUUGCACACAGUUUAGUAUGUGAAAGCACAAAAAAUAUGUCAAAUAACUCUUAUAAUAAUAAUAAUAUAUUUACACUUAUACUGUUUACUCACAAGAGAUUAAAUACAUAUAAAAGAUGGUAAGUGGUGAUCUAUUUCGAUUGGACACUCCAAUUCAGAAUCAUUCGCCUAUUGGGUCUGAUGAUGACCUUUGCAUCUGGUAAAAAAAUAUUUGUUAAAAAAGUUUGUUAUUCAAAAUUCAAAAUAAGAAUUGUUUGCCUCUAGUUGAUUCUUUUAGAUGCUCAGAGAUAUGUAUAUCCUUCAUAGCAUGUAAUUAAAUAUGGCAAGUAAAAAUUCUUAAGUAUUGUUUUGGGUUUCAUCAAGUUAAUGCUAUUAAGUUGAUAAACAGAUUAUUUCAAUUAAUUUUUAAAUAGCUUUAAGAGAAUUGUGAUGUAAUUUACCAUAAGAUUCUUAUUAUUUAACUUUAUUUUGUUACACUCUUUAUGUAUAUAAAAGAUAAAUAAAUAAAUUUGACUUU